ACAAAAUUUCCAAAAUGGCGAACGCUCUUCUGUGCAUAAGGACAUGUAGACAUCUUUUAGGAAGACCAAUUUCUCGGUAAGUGUUCAUGUGAUCAGAUAAAAAAUUUACGUAAGCUAAGAUGAUUCAUCCCUACGAAUUUUGUGCUGCAAAAUUUGCUCAUUCUUUUAAAUUCCACCUUAUUUUUUCACAUUUAAUAUUGUACAUAUUAUGUAUGUUGCACUCAUUUUUACACCGUUUAAUGGAAAUUAUCAUCCCACUCUAAAAUUGUGUUAUUUUAUUUACGAAUAGAAUUUCAAGACGCCUCAAGCAACACGGUAUUGAAAAAGAACCAAUGCAGUCAACAGUUACUUUUAUAACAGACUUAAAAGAUAAAGAAAGUCUGAUCAACUCGCCGCCUUACGUUAUGUCAUACAGCACUCGUGGUUUUACUGUAAAGGAUAUCAAAGUGUUUGGCUCUGUUGUAAUCUUUCCCUCAGCGUUUUACCACUGGCGGGUAAGUUGCUUGUGACCUGUGAUAUGAGUAGGUUCAUACAGAGAGAAGUGAAGUUCAAGUCAGUACUGUGGUCUGAGGUCUCUAUCGUUUACAGCAUAGUAUCACACCCCAGAUGUGCCACCCCAAAAAAUGCCCACAAGGGUUUACAAGGGUGGGACUUAUGAUCUGUAGCAGGAUAUCUGUUUUUGAGAUGUUUUCUUAAAAUUAUCCAUGGAGAAUUUGGUGUUACUUCUCCAUAUACCUUUUGUUUCCUGUUUUAGUAUAUCCAUUUAGAAAUCUCUUGUAAUGCUUAAAAUCUGAUUUGCUCUCACCAGUGCGAUUCAUUCACAAAUUGCACCAUUUUAUGGUCUAAAGUGCAUCUUUUUCCUAGUUAAUGAGACAGCUAUAGCCAAUCAAAUUUCAAGGCUUGUUUAAAGAGGCCAAUCAAAUUGUAGGAAAAUGAGAUCAAUAAAAUAUUUGUACAGACUAAAAAAACUUUGAGCGCUUGAAUUUUGGGAUUUUGAUAUCACUGUUCAGGUGCCAUAAGAAAACCAUAAAUUUUGUCAUAAUUUUGAAUUACACUCCACAAGCCUGGCAUUGAUAAUUUCUGAAAUUACACUCUGUCGUAAUUUUUAUACACAGGCCUUGGCAAAUGAUUAUUUUGAUAAAAAAGAUUCAGUACAACCUUAUGAAGGCUUCAUUUCUCUUCUAAUGAUAAUUUUAUACUGGAUUCUUUUGUGAUAAUAAAAGUAAGCACUGUACUUUUAAGUAAAGAAGUAAACUUUUUCUUUCAUGUCAAAGAUUAAAAAACCAGAAGAUAUAACAGCUGACAGUCUGACUCUUUUUACAAUAAUGGAACCUCCAAUAGGUAUGUAUGUUAUUUCAGUAUUGUGUCUCAAAAUUUUCUAUGCGUAAAAACUUGAACUGUAGCACAUUCAAUAAAGCUGCAAAUCUCAUUGAUUCUGUAAUUGUUAUCUAAUUUUUUUUCUUCUGAAGUACUGGGUGAUUUUUUUUCCAAAAUUCAAAUUCUAAUAUUUGAGCAAACCUGGUAGGUUUUUUAGUGCUCUUUAGCUGCAAGAUAUUUUCACACCAUUUUGGACUGUACCCUCUCUGAUCUGCCAGUUAUUAUCACAUAUCUCAAGUUGUGUAAGCUGAAACCAAAAGGAAUUCCAGUUUGUAUAUUAUGAAUAGUUUAUAUAAAUUUUCCACUAAACUCUAGAGUAUUCUUGUAGAAAUUGUGGUUGUGGGAACUGGAGAAAAGAUUAUACGUCUUCCACCAGAAAUAAACAAUUAUAUGAAGAAACACAAUAUUCUUUUGGAAGUUCAGGAUACAGUAAGUUCUUUUAUCCAUGUUAUCAAUUAAAUUUAGCUGGACUCUUAGCUAGCAACAUCUUGCUCACAAGAAAAAGAAUCCACAGUUUAUCUGCAGUUGUUUUAAAAUUAUUUAUUUCAGUUCCUUUUUUUUUACAGCACAUAGAUUGUGUCAUAUGUUGAUUAAAGAGAGUGUAACUCUUGAUGGGGUGCCCAUCAAAAACAAGCCUUGGUAAACAUACAUCUUUCUUGAAAUCCAUUUGAAAUAAAAGUUUUGGUUUAAAUGCAAAAUAGUGAAUCAUUUGGAAAUACUUUACACUAUAAGUCAGUCAACUCUCUCUUAACUGUCGCUUCUUGAAGACUGAGAUAUCCUUAAAAUGGAUACUAGGAGUAGCUCCCUGCUACUUAACAUCCUCAGUCUGUCACUUUAUAAGACUUAAGGUAAACUGAUCCCUAUAAGAUGUCACUGUUAUGGAGAUCUUAAGCCUGGUUUUCAAUAGUGAUGCAAGCACAAAUGUGAGUAUAACAUCUCCUAUUUUGCUGUGAAAACAGCCUUCACUGCAAGCAUAAGCACAGGUACAAGACAAAGGAAAAAUUCUGAUCUUUGUGCUUGUGCUUGUAUCAAGGCUGUUUUCAUGGUUAAAUGAGAGCUGUUAACUUUACAUUUGUGAUUGCAAUCUUGCUUUCAUUGCUAGUGAAAACCAGGCUUGAAAGUUGUCAUGGAGAGAGUUGAUUCUUAUGUCAUUCCUUUGUAGCCUAAUGCAACUGCAACAUUCAAUUUCCUCUUGGAAGAACAACGGCUGGUCGGAGCAGCUUUCAUCCCACCACAGACAUUGAGGGAAGACUGAUGAUUGUUUCUCUCACAGUCAUGUGAAAUGAGUCACUGAAACUGGUGGCACAACAUUGGGUCACAACAGUUACAUGGAGCCUUUUAAAGGACCAGAAUGAUGUAGUCACUGAAACAUGGAUGUAAUGUGACAAAAUUUGAAAGAGCCUAGCUGCUAACAGGGAGACAACUCUACAGCGAUGAUGAUAACAUUGUCAAGAGUUAGCCAUAAAAAUGAAUACCAAGACCUCCAAGAAUGUAAAUUUAACACUUUUCUGUGCCUGUGUGAUUCUACCUUGAUGGCUUAGUAUUCCAACAGACAAAAUCAAGGAUAAAUAUAUGUUAUUUACCAGGCAGAAGAUCUCUAUGGAAUAAAACUGUGUCCAGAGUCUUCAGUGCCCUCCUCUGCAUGUGGCCAUGGGCUGUACUGAAGACCUUAUGGACUUACUGAUACCUCUAAAUAACUUUUUAAUUUUUUCUACUGCUCUACAUUUUUCCCUUUGGUAUAGAAGGUGGGGAAGAAUUCUGACCCUUGGUCUGUGUUCUAAUAAGCUGAAUUGGUUAUGAGUACAAUCAGAUUCAAGAAUUUGAGAUUAUGGCUCAUUGAGAUGCUCCAAAAAAAAUAAAGUUAAAAAUUUCCCAUACUGUUCUUGUG